AUGACCGACGAGGGGACCGCAGAGAGGUGUCUGCGCAAAAUCAACGGCAAGCCCCUCCCUGGAGCCAACCCGCCAACAAGGUUUAAGUUGAACAGAGCCACCUUCGGAAAGCAAGAGACCGGUCCCAUGUUCUCUCUGUUCGUGGGGGACCUCACUCCGGAGGUGGACGACGGCAUGUUGUACGAGUACUUCUACAACCGCUACCCCCAGUGCCGUGGGGGGAAGGUGGUGCUGGACCAUCUGGGUAACUCCAAGGGCUGUGGCUUUGUGCAGUUCCCAGACGAACGGCUGCAGAAGCGGGCGCUGGACGAGUGCCAGGGGGCUGUGGGUCUGGGGGGUAAAGCUCUCAGACUCAGCCUCGCUGCAAACAACUUAAAGAUCAAACAACCGCAGCCCACGUCCAGCACGUCAACCGACACCAAAACCUGGAGCGGCUACAGCCAAAGCUACGACCCCUACAACCAGUACAGUGCCUACGGCUACGGCUACCCCAGCGCCACCACCUGGGGCUACGACCAGAACGCCUUUGGAUACUACCCCGGAUACGACUACUCCCAGUACAUGGCCAUGCAGGACGGAGAGAUGGCUGCAGAGGACGGUGCUGUCCCAGAGGACGACGGAACUGAAGACCCAGACCCCCCUCUGGACAUCGAGGAGGAGAACAGGAGGUACAUGGAGCAGAGCGAGGAGCUGUUUGAUGCCCUCAGCCACACUCACUGGGUCCCAGAGGACUUCCAGCAGGAGCAGGACUAUGUACUGUCGCUGGUACCUGAGCCCAUCACAGCCUGA